AUGGCGGAAUCAUCAAAGCCCACGCCCCCGAUCUCCCAUAUGCAAAAUCGCCCUAGAGAGUCCCCUCCCCGUGCUGAAUAUGAUCUGGAGUAUCCGGACAUCUACUCCGCGGAUGAGGAUGAAGUAGCAUUGGAUAAAGAGGAAUCGGGACGCGCAAAGCCGAUGACGCCAUUCCAGAACCAGUAUCUAGCUGCGCGACGGUUGGUAAAGGCCAACACGUCUCAGCUCUUCUUGCCCAUGUCGGCCACGGCACGAGUCCCGGUACUGUUCUAUAGCCCGGGCAGGAACUUCAUGCCCCCAAUCCACAGCACAGUCGUCACCAUGAUCACGAACCUUAAGGAAAUGAUCAUCGCUCUCCAGAAGCUCCUAAACACGAACCCACAGCGUGAUUUAACCCCUAGAAAGCACUACCUCGUGCACGGGAUCCACGUUAAGUUUUAUGCGGAGCCAAACCUGAUGAGCCUGCUACCCAAGAUCGAGGGGAAGCUACAAGGCGGGAUCCCCUUCUCUUCGGAUGACGUCGAGUCUGGUACCUGCUGGGUGGCCUGGAACGAGGUUAACGACAGUGGCAACAUUGGCCAGGACAUGGAACAGUACUGGAUCGCGCUAUGCCGCAAAAUACUCGCUGAUAAUCUGCACGGGAAUAUUGGUCAUGCCUUGACGGCUGUCAAAGUCACGACGGUAGAAAAGUUGUUGAUAUCGAACUUCCCCGAGAGAGGUGACUUAGUGGCUGGCGGGCAUCUGUUCUUGAAGUUUCGACAUAUUGGCCAUGGAGGAAAGCCAGGUUCGAUUGAUAAAUCGGCCUCCCCGGUGGGAAGCUUUGGUGCUGGGAUCCAGUCUGUCAAUUCGGUCGCUGGGCGUCUUCCAGGUGGACUACCUGGAUCUGCCCCGGCACCUACUCCGAGGGGACAUAGACGUUUAACAUCUACCAUGGAACAUGGUAGGGUAAAACUGCGGGGACCUGUUUGGCGCGAAGAAGCUGCUCGGCAGUACCAGGAAGAGAAGAACAGUAAUAAAUACGCAUUAAUUGCUGGUCCAGAUCCCUCCCCAAACCACAAGCUCUCCAGAAGCGACGGCUACCGAGCCAUUGAGGUAGGAACAGCUGUGCCAGCUGAAGAAGUCGAAGCCCAAAACCGCCAGGAAGUCCUCCGCGUGAUCCAGGAGCAGAACGCUACCCUCCGCAAGGCAGGGAUAAGCCCGUGGACCCCUACGGCUCCGCGGGCGAUGAGAAAAAGCGAGCGUAAAUCCAUGGGUACUGGUGUCUCAGCGUACCGAGGCGGCAAGAGACGCCCCGAAGACGCACAGCUGAACUCCAGCGGCCCUUCGGGCACUGCAGCUCUCCAAGGCGGACAUACUGCAGCAAUAUUAGCACGAGAUCGAGAAUCAGGAUCGCGAUCUAGGUAUCAAAACAUCGCAAACUACGGGCCCGUCUACUCCGGAUCUUCCAACGGCAGUAACAGUGCCCCAGGAGUGCCCCGGGUGCCCCAAACCACCAUCCCGCAGAGCAAAGAGAGUCCCGAGUUCGCGUUUGGUCCACCCGUUCGCUUCUCGGCGGGUCUCGACGUGCCGUCGUCGGCAUCGGCGUUCUCGCCUGUGGUUGGCCACACAGCCGAUGACCAAAUUAUCAAGAGCAAGCUCACCUUGGAAAUCACCGAGUCAACAACUCCUCUUCCGAUCUCAUCUUCGCAAAGCAACGCCAACGACAGCAUGGAAAAUCCCAACCACAACACCAACACCCGCAACUUGCAAGUACCUCCGCGAACAAUGGCUAGCUCUGGCAUGUUCACCCCGCCCACUGCUCCGCAGGCUGCUGCGAAGACAUUUGAUGAACGAAUGGCGGAGGCCGUAGCUCACCUCAAGAAUAUUGGUCUCGAGGAAAAGGCGCUGGAGAUAUCGGAGGAGCUCAUGAAGACCGUUCAGGGCAAGUUGAAGGCUGAUUACAUCAUGACUAACAAGGGAAAUGAUGCUCCGAACGCGGGAUCCCCGUGGAGACGGGAGGGCGGCUAUGAUAAAAGCGCUCCAUUCGACCCAAAGCGUAAUUGGGGGAUCCACCAGAAUGCCGGCGAGGAGAAUCUGAAAGGCAAGGUGCUCGAGAAUCGCAAGGCGGUACACAAGUUGGUAGACUUGUCGCACAUUCCUUACGACGGACCGGCGUGUCAGCCUUGGGAGACGAAGAAAGGGACCGGCUAUGAGGAUACCGAGAAGGUCGAUGAGACUCAAAAAAAUUUGGUGCCGGUAGGAAUGGUCCCAUACAGAGAGUUCGACGCCGAGGAGCUUCGCGAGGCAAUAGCCCUUCAGGAGGAGGAGCGACGUGCAAAUCUCGUUCUCCCACCUCACCUCUUAAGGUACAAGGAGGAACAGGAUCGCAUCAAGGGGUUCGAGGACGAUGAUGAUUCAAUCUUUGCCCCGCGUGUCGACCAGCCACCAACUCCACCUCGCGCCGACUCGGCAACUACCAAGUAUCCAGGUCAGAGCGCUUCCGUCAACAAGGGAAAGUACAAGGCCGUCGAUGACAAUCUGAGCAAGCCACAAAUCCGCAACCUUCUCUAUUCCGCCUCCGGUCACCCCAAGAACCAAGCCUCUGCCAGCGCUGGCAAUCAGUCUUCUAGUCACACUAGCUCAUACCCCACUUUCCUUGCGGUACCUACCGCCCAAGGAACCAACGUGUACGACAAGCUGAGCGCAAACGUCGGUCCCAAUGGUGGAAUGCAGUACAACAGCAGUGGCCUCUCGACCUCAUUCUCCAGCGAGCGCGCCGCCGCCGACAAAAUAUUCGCCUCGCUGACGAGCUUCGCUGAUGCAGCUAGUCGACCUAUCAAGACUGUGACGCCCGGCGCCGGAUUCUAUGACGCUGUGUACCUGAAGGAGAUCGAGAACCGCAAUGCUCCGAAAGAGACGGACAAGAAGGUGUUUGGUGACCAGGCCAUGCUUUAUGAUCGUACUUUGUCUUCUGAUAGGCAGAUCCAGAUGGGUUCGUACGCGGAAUCUGGUAUGAGCGGUCAGGAGCAUAUUGGUAUGAUGGGUCCGAACAUGCCCGCUCCUUCUUCGUUUGGUCCCUUGAAUACACAGGGUUACGAGUACUCACAGCCUGGUCAUUCUCAGCAAGGCUUUGGUCAUAUGGGCCGCUACAACGCCCCUUCCGCAUAUGGCGGCGGUACCAGCGUCUACAGCAGAACCAACCCCAGCUACGGCCAGUUGACGAUGGGCGGUAACGCAAUGAUGAUGGGUGGCUCGGGCACGGGCGGCCACGAUCAGCACCAACAAUCGAGUUUCUAUGCUGCGUCCCAGCACGGCGACUUCGCUUGGACUUCGAUGGAUGCGGGCAACAACCAGCCAUACUCCGACCAGAACACGCCUUACGGAAACCUGACCAUUGGCAGCCGCCAUUUCAGCAACCAUUCCAGCAACCAACCCGGCUAUUCGAGCCGCUCCAUGGCUGGCCACCAAACACCGCACAUGAUGACCCCAACCGCGGCCAGCCGCCGUCAACUCCAACAGGCUGGUCAGAAUUGGCAACCUGUUGACUGGCAAGGUAGCAGCAGCCGCUAUGCCAACACGCUCGGUGGUGGUGGCCGAGGCCAAGGUCCAAACCAAGACUUCCAAACUCAGGACGACCGAGGCCACUACCCCAGUAUCUUGGGCAGCGGUGCGAGCUACGGCAUGCAGCACCAACAGCAGCAACUGGUCCAGCGAGAAACCGACUAUAAUCAGUUGCUCAUUAGCGCUGGCGGAGGCCCGGUCAGCCAAGCUGGUUCCGCAGGACCCAACUACACCCAAUUCCUCAGCUUUGGUUCCGGUGCCCAAUCCAACCACCCGGCUCCUGGUUCGUUCUCCCAAGAUGCCGGCACGGGUCUGGGUGCGGGAGGUCGAACACGUCGACCUGUGCCAAUCGUCCACCCGGACUCGCGGAAGCCGCAGGGGCCUGCCUUUGGGACUGACUUUGCGAGCAAUAUUAAGGGCGCUUUUGAUGCAUUGUGA